AACCUGAUGGUGUGGCUAAAGUUAGCCCCCCUUGAGCUAAUAUAUAAGACCUCAAGGGGUCGAUGCAUACAUGUCAGUCACAUCGGCUUGGCGUAGGCUUCUCUUCUUGACCAACAACAGCCCCACAAACCUUAGAGAUGGCACCCAAGAAGGCCAAGAGGAGGCAGCAGCAGGGUGAGGGUGGUUCCUCCAACGUGUUCUCCAUGUUUGAGCAGAGCCAGAUCCAGGAGUACAAGGAGGCUUUCACAAUCAUCGACCAGAACAGAGAUGGCAUCAUCAGCAAGGACGACCUCAGGGACGUUUUGGCCACCAUGGGCCAGCUGAAUGUGAAGAAUGACGAGCUGGAGGCCAUGGUGAAGGAGGCCAGCGGCCCCAUCAACUUCACUGUCUUCCUGACUAUGUUCGGCGAGAAGCUGAAGGGUGCUGAUCCCGAGGACGUCAUUGUGAGCGCUUUCAAGGUCCUUGACCCUGAGGCCACAGGCACCAUCAAGAAGGAAUUCCUUCAGGAGCUCCUCACCACCCAGUGUGACAGGUUCAGCGCUGAGGAGAUGACCAACCUGUGGGCUGCCUUCCCCCCUGAUGUGGCUGGAAAUGUGGACUACAAGAACAUCUGCUAUGUCAUCACACACGGAGAGGACAAGGAGGAGUAGAUCCCCUCUUCUCUAGAGAUCUCUACCUCUAUUAACACUCGCUCUGUGCCACCAUCCACUCUCUAUGCCUUCUCCGACGCCACGACCUACCUUUGCAAACUUCCGCGCCCAGGUCCAACCUUUCCUCUCGCCAAAAGACUUCACUCUCUUGCGAAGAUGCUCAGCGAGAGGACGGAGGGGCUGUGGGCGGGGGUGGUUUGUGAACAACAGCAUAACAUGGGAUUAUUUUCAAUAAAAAUAAUCUUAUGAAGCUGAAACUCUCUCCCUAUCUCUGUCCCUGCCUCUUUGUCCUCCUCCUUCUCUCCCUCCAUCAUUCACUCUGUUCUUCUGUGUUGAGACCAACAGUGCAUGCAUCAGACCUACUUGUAUGCACAAACAGUCCAGUGUGUACAGCGGUUGGUCAAAAUGUCUCUUGGAUGCUUUGGUGCCUGCGCGGCCACUUGCUUGAAACAAGUGAGCAGUCUGACCCAGUCGGGUCUGUUAGUCUCAACCUCACACAGAGUGCUUAAUGGCUCCCUCGCCUUUAUCUCUGUGGGAGAGUAAAAGAGUGGAAGUACCACACUACAAUAGCUUGCCUACUUCUCUCUUUUACCAAAAGGUACAAAAUGAAGAGCUGCACUAAAAAGAGGAAAGCAUUUAAUCUUGUAACUAGCGAAAGAGAUGGUGAAAGAUUGUGAGUUGGGAGGGGGAGAAAAGUUAUAAGCAAAAGUGAAAAAGAAAGAAAUCUUUGUUUUUAACUCAUCGUCCUCCCUCUCACUGGUGUUUCGCUCCUGUUGUUGUGACUAUGUCUCUGUCCCCACUGUAAGAAAGAAAGAAGUACAAAUAAAAUCCACUAUCUUUCGUACAA